CUUAAGGAACGAAAACAUCUAUACUGAGUGCUGAUUUUGAAGCGCUCCGAUCGCCGCCGUCAGCUCAACGCAUGCGCGCCACCCUUCUCUUCAGCAGUACAACACGAGCGUGGGCCCAGGAAACCCAAGAUCAAGGAGGCUGGCGGAGACCCCACAGGACACGGACCCAAGGUGCCGCACUCGGCAGCCGGUGGCGGUGGCCUGUUGCUGUCGGGCUUGUCAUUUCCGGCGGGUAAGCCGCCGCCGCCUCCCGCGCAGCCGCCGAUGUCGGGCCACUUCGACCCUUCGACAGCCGCCAUGGCCGCGGCCCUGUCCUCUUCUCCAGGUUGGCGACGGCGCGCCACCCUCUUCGCCAUUGUUCCCCAAGGACGGUUUCAUCGGCUCCGCAGGUCUGCUUCAGAUGCUGCUCAACGCGGAACGCUCCCAGGAGCUUAUCUGGAACAGCGUCAGGAUGGGGGGAGGUGGAGGUGGUGGAGGAACAGCGAUGAACAACAGUUUCGGCGGCGGGCCACCGUCCGGGCUCUCGGCCAAGCUCGGGGCCGAAGGUGGCCUGUCCGCCUUCUCAUUACUUUCAUCCAGCACACAUCCUUUCGGGUCGCUUGAGGAGGCCGCUCUCCGCCAGCGACUGCAGGGCUCCGGGGCGACGCAGCCGUGCCCCUGGGGCAACACUGGGGGAGGAGGGUCUGUGCAAGAAGUCACGGCAAGGCUACUCUUCAUGGUCAUCCGCUGGGUGAAAUGUCUGCCAACGUUUCAGACGCUGUCCAAGAGUGACCAGGUCACCCUGCUGGAGGAGUCGUGGAAGGACCUCUUCCUCCUCUACAUGGCCCAGUGGUCUGUGGCAGCCGAUAUAGUGUCCUCGUUGCCGGGCCUCAAAGGAGGCAACGGCCCUUCUCCCACGGCCGCCAACUCGUUGCGUCUGCACCAGUCCGACCACCUGGAUGGCGCGCCGUCGUCGCCGCAGCGCGCGGCCGAACUGCACUAUAUCCAGGACGUGAUGCGCCGGUUGAGGCAGCUCUCACCGGAUGACACCGAGUGUAGCUGCCUCAAAGCGGUUGUCCUGUUCAAGCCUGAGACCAUCGGCCUUUGCGACGUGCACCCUGUGGAGAUGCUGCAGGACCAGGCGCAGUGCGUAUUGGGCGACUAUAUUCGCCACAAGCACCCGCGACAGCCCACCCGCUUCGGUCGGCUGCUGCUGCUCCUGCCCAGCCUGCGGGCCGUGUCAGCGGCCACUGUCGAACGACUCUUCUUCCGCGACACCAUCGGCAAUAUUCCCAUCGAACGCAUCCUAGGGGAUAUGUACAACAUGGAGAAGGUUGACUGAAGGAGACAUUUCACUGUGUGCUGAAAGUAAGCCGCCAUCCGGACAGAAAGGGUCGCCUCGGUGGCAAAGUGGUUAGCGCUGUUCGGACAGAAUGGAUGUACCUUGCGUCAGCAUUGCGGACGCACACAGGCAACUGGAUUGCAGCAGCGACAUACGACCUUUGUUGUGUUGUGCCAACAGAGCGGCCGCUUAUUGGGCCAGUGUCCUGUCAUAUUGGGUAUAUGUUGAAGAUUAUGCUUAUAUCCUGAGUGCGGCAUUAGUCUGGUGGCAGCAUAACUUGGGAUCGCAAAACGCCGCGACCCCAAACGGUCUCUAUCGCACCAGGUAACGAAAGUCCGUGAUAGUUCUAAUCUAGCUUGGUCACCCGAAAGAGCCGCUUCUGGUACCCUGGGCGUCAUUAGUUGCUUUGAAUGAUGUCCACCUUAACUGAUAUCGGCAGCCUGUAUUUUCUUCACUCCAACUGGAGAGCAGCAGUCAUCACAUGCGAGAUAUCGUAAACACUUUAAUAAAGGGUAAUUUUACAUGAAUGUAAAAAUACGAUCUGUGAAAGUUAACGACAGGGGAAGCAAUGUGUGACACUGGAACAACAGUGAUCACCAGCUUUUGUGCAUCUUUGGGUAAGAUGAACUAGCCAGGAAACGUCCAAGUCGUAGUUAUGGGAGCCAUUGUUCCAAGUCGCAGUUAUGGAAGCUUCGUAGUCGUGCGGAUUGAUGGGUUAUAUGGUUUAAAAUUGCAGUCGGUUUAAUAUACAAUGAUAGAACGACGACAACAAAGGUAAACGGAAACUACGGACUUUGGUACGGAAAUAUAUGACGGGCCAGGUAAGUGGGUGAAGCCAGAGUAUGACGAAGAUUGAACAUAACCUUUAUUUUUGCGGUUAAGAAUGAAUACCGUGCGACUGAAUGGCAUGUCGCUGAACUUUUCAAGCGCCUAAAUGACAAGAGAUAUUUGUCUUUGGUUUUUGGAACAUAAAGCAGUCACAGAUUGAACACAAACCGCGGCUAUCCUCACCGGCCAUCCGCAUCUGAGAUGGAAAUAUACAGAGCUGCAGCAAUGACCCAUUACUUGACAGAUAAUAAAAUGUACCUA